CGCGAGCAAGUUGAACACUUCGUCCUGAAAUAGUCAAGCCGUCAGUUAGAAUCCUCAAAAGGCACGUGAACAAAGCUUUUGUUUCUAGUUUUGUACCAGGUGCUGUACAGUUGCCGAUCGUUCGCCUUUAGCUUUGGUUGGAUCUUGGAAUACCUUUAUAACAGCAAAUACCACUACUUUACGUCGCAAAUGAAGGCUUUCAUAGGGAAGUAGAAAUAUGGAGAAAGGUGAAGAUGAAGUAAUUCAGAAAGAUGAUGCAAGCAGUCAGCAUGUGGAUCAUCCUAUCACCUCCAUACAAGAAGAACCACACACCUCAAAAAAAAGAACAGCUUCAGAAGCCUUUACAUAUAAAGAUGUUAUUACAGUGUCAGAUGAUGAAGAGGAAGAGGAAGAAACUGGUUUCAAACUCAGCAAGUUGGAAGAAGUCGGUGGAGGUGAAACUGAUGGUGUUAUGGAAGCUGCAAAUGGAGAAUUCAGUGCUGAUGUUGUGUUCGCCUUGGACUAUUCUUCAAGUGUGACAAAAGAAGAAAUUAAGAAAGAGAUUAACUUUGUUCAACAUCUGGCUCAAUCUUGGAAUUUAACCUCAGAGUGUUCCAAAGCUGCCCUGGUUGUAUAUGGGGAUAACUCUGAAACAGUGAUACCAUUUGAUUCAGAUGAUGAGAAAUUGUUUUCUGAUAAACUUGGUGAACUAAAAACUGAAACACUGUUUCGGAGUAAAUGCAGAAGAAUGGAUUUGGCACUGAAAGAAGCAGCUGACAAUCUCACUGCAAUAAAGGCGGCAAGUCAAAACCAAUACCAGCUCGUCAUUAUCAUCACAGCUGGAAAGCAGUUUUCAAAUGAGGAAGGCAAAGAAGAUACUGAAGACCUUAUCUCGUCUUCCGAGUUGUUAUACUCCAGCAAUGUUAAAGUCAUCAUUGUGCCAGUUGGAUUGGAAACAGACUUUAAAGAGCUUGGAUUGAUAGUGAAACGCCCACAGUCUUUGUUUCCACUCUCAAGUUUUGAUGAUCUUACUCAAGCUAGAGCCCAGGAAAUUGCAUCUCACAUCUACAAGACUAUUGACAAUGAUGUGUAUGCAAAGAAGACAUUGUACAGCUGUUUAGCAAUUCCCACAGAUUCGACAUUGUGGGAGAAAAUAAGCCUUUGUUCUGAUGUUAUGGAAGGUGCUUGGUACUUGCUGUAUGAUGACAAGAAGAAACCUAGGGGACCGGAUAAGAUAAAAAAGUUAAUCCGACAAAGCAUUGACAACUUCCACAACAAACUUGUCUCAGACAGCAAGAUAUGCAUUUCACUCGCUGUUUUUGGGCCACUUGGGGCUGGUAAAAGUUUUUUACUAAAUUUUAUUUUAAAUCAGGGUUUACCUAAAAUGUAUCAGGUAAAAUACGGGCCCCUUCCUUCCGCAUCAGGAGGCAGCCAGACACCCCUUCCAAUAAAUGUAAAAUGGGGCAAUAAGGUUCAAGUAUUGUUCCACAAACAGGAGAAGAGUGCUACUCCUGAUGUUUGGUUUCCAGAGGAGGACCUGAGUAAUGAUUGUUUGACACGUGUACAUAAAUUACUUGAAAUGAAGUUUAAAGAAGAAGGAAACCUCAGUGAUGCAAAAUGCGUAGAGCUUCAAGGGCCAUUUCCAGUUUUCCAAGUCUUGAAAAAGAGAUCAAUGACAACCUCUGGCCACCUGGAGUUAGAGGUUGAUGUAGAGUUCGUAGAUAUUCCUGGGCGAGGUGAUGAAAAAGGAAAUCAGUCCAUCGACAAUGAAUUGACCAACGCUGAUGUGGUGUUGUUUUUUGAGGAGGGCAAGUCGGGAAGACCUGUUUCGUCAGAGGAUAUUGCACAUAUAUUCCGUAGGCUUGAGGAGGUGCAGUUCACAUCGCGUCCUAAACUUGUUCACCUUGUGAAUGACAGAAGAAAACCUUCAACUGUGUCUUCUUGCAAUUUUGGUUUGUUGCAAGAACAAAAGAGGGAGGAUCUAAAAAGGGCAUGGUCGAGCUUUCUGUCCAGUAGUGUUGAACAGGGAAAUACGCCAGGCUGUUACAAAGACGUAAGAGAAAAACUUCCUCAGCUAAAUGGAGAGGCACUCUUGGAUAAGUUGUCCAAAGAAAGUGAUGUGAUUUACUUUCAUCCAGAAAAUUCUGGAUUUCUCGACUCUUUGAAGAAUGUAAUCAAUGAUCACGUUCAGAAUGUGAAGAUCAAAGAAACCAUCCAUCCAUUUCUCAAGAACGUUCACUGGGCAGCCAAAAAGCUUAGAACACGUAUUGGCAGAAGUCUUACCACAGAAAAGAAGAAGAAUCACCCUAGCAAGAUUGAAGUUAAAGCGCCAAACUUUGAUAUGCAACUUGAUGUUGAUCAGGUAAGGUAUGUUGUGAAAAACUUCAUAGACCAACAACACUUGCUACUGCAGCCUGACAUUAGGCAGAUGUAUUGUUUCCUGGAUUCUGAAGAAACAUUAGCUGUUCUUUUGGAAAGUCUGAAAGCAUCACUUAAGAUUUUCAGACUUCGGCUAAUCGAGCACUUUAAAAAUGCCUACUGGUCUACGUCUCCAGAUAUAAGUGACCUUGUUGAUCUGGUGGAGAUUUUGUGUGAAAGCAGAGUUGAGCAAUAUUGUGCAAACAGUGCUCAAACGCACUUGCUUUAUGUUGUACAGAAAGAAAAGAACCGAAAUCCAUUAAAAAAGUUAGAGAAACGGUGGUCAAGUGCUGGGCCUGAAGUAAAGGCAGAUCUGUGUGUCGAUUUUCUUUAUGCUCUUCUAAAGCGCAUUGCAGUUUCCCUUAACAAACCAACCCGUGACAGAAAGAAAGAAGACAAGAAGUCGCAUUUUCACUUAAUUGAACAGCUCAAAGAAGACGUUGAGAAUUUGGUUGCCUUGGGAAGUUUAGACAACGCCAGAAGACCAGAGCUGCUGAAAGUGCUGAACCAAAAGCUACAGAUCGUAAUCGAAUUUUGUACAAAAUCCAUUCGUGAGAUAAAUCCUCAUCCUAGCUUAGAUGUGGAGACGGAUAUCUCUCUUCCCGAGGAAAUGAAAGUUGUUCCUGAAAGCAAAGCAAUACCACUACGACCCAGGUAUGACGCGAUAAUCAAAGAUGUGACAGACCUGUUUAAGAAGCCUGGUUUUAAGGGAUCUGACGUCAUUCAGAAGCUAAAGUCGAGGUUAAGCGUUGGAAAAGACGCCUUGGUACUCCGAGAAGCACAGAGUGCAGAGAAGCAACGUUUGUGGGCAAAGGCCUUGGUCAAUGUACUUAGCGACAAAAACCAUUUCGAUAUUGAACUAGACCCAAGCUUAAACCUAGAACCUCGUGAUCCAGAAGUAGAAGAUUUUCGGAAGCAAGCUCAAAAACGUUUGUUUGCUUAUGAGAAAUCUUGUAUUUCCUGUAAAAUUGUUCCUGGGCAAGCUCUUCCUGACAAUGAAAUUCACGUGAAGAAGCGAUCUCAAGAAGGUUUCUGUCUUGAAGUGUUGGUCUCCUCUGAGAUGAGUAAGAAGCUUGAUGGCAUUCGUAAUGGAUUGGUAGAUCCCAUGCAGCAAAUAGCACCAAUUUUCAUGCCUACAGUCCGGCCUGGUCCAAGCAGAGAGAUCCGAGGGAACUUUUUUCUUGAAGAAGACCCGUGGAGCAGAGAUGACUUAAGAGAGGAGCAAAGUGAGACGGUUGAGGAAGGAGUGACAGAAGAAAAAAGAGGCAAUGUUUUGGAUUUGAACAUUUUCCUUGUCGUGGAGGAACAACACUUUAAAACUGUUCAGUCUACCGUGAACGACCUCAAGGUUCCAACAGGACGGAACGUGUCGUACGUUGUUCUGCCCCAGAGGGGACGAGGAAUUGGUGUAACCAGGGCUGUUAUCAAAAGCCUAGCAGAAUGCCUAGACUUCUCCCUGUACUGGACGAUAGAUGACGAUGUCCAAUUUAUGUAUCAAUUUGACGAAAAUGAUCGCAAGUGGCAUAAGUGCUCACUCGCCAGAGGCCUCCUUUUUGGUCAACGUGUUUUCCAAACGUGCCUGAAGAAGACCGUGAAAGAAUUAUCUGAUCAGGAAAAAUUCGAUUUGGUUACUUGGAUGAUGAAAAAAUGUCCAGGUUAUGGCGUUAAUACCAUACAAAGUGCCAUGUUCCUUCUUGCCGAUAGCAAACGAUUUGCUGAAGUUUUGAAAAACCCAGGCCUUUUGCAUUCUCCUUUCACACAUAUAUCUAAGGAUUGUGGUGGAAAUGUCGCAAAAGAAGAGGAGAUGAAAGCUUUCGAGCUAGAGUUCGUUGAAAAGUGCAGAAAACUUCUAUUUGAUGACAGUAUCAACCACAUAGCAGGCGUUUCCAUCGCUCACGAAUCAACCAAGAAGUAUGACUACAUGAGCAAAUAUCCCACUGCCGAUUACAUGCAAAGUGAACAGCGAUAUCAAGUGGUUCUCAACAACACCUCUGCGCUAAAGGGAAAGAACUUUGUCACUGAUGACAUUAUUUUCCACAAAGAUGAAGACCAAAUCAAAGAUUUCAGUAAACGAGAAACGCCUUACUGGGGCAUAAAGGGGAGUGGCAAGUCAUUUAUUCGCGCGCUCACUGUGGGUGGUGUGAUUGGCUAUCAGGUGAUUCGAGUCGUCCAUAGUCACAAAAAGCUGACAAAUGCUUUUGCACGGUUAGAGCCAAUUAAAGCUGAAGACGAGGACGAAGAAGCAUUGAUGUGAAUUGACAAGCUACGUUACUAUAAUUAGACAAUAAGAUAGUCAUUAUUAUCUUACUAAUGUUUCAGACAAAUUGCACUCUGUUUGCAAGUUGAUUUUUCACUAAGAAGAUAAAGGAGGGCUACAGUCUUGCCAAAUUGCUGUUAUCCUUGCUACUUUCGAUUAAAAACAUGCUGUGAUUGUAUAGCUUGUGGUUUGAACAACAGUCAGUGAGUUAGUAAGAAAUAAAACUAAUUCAAAUUUAAAAUGACUUCUGUUUGUUUCAGUGAUACUUUACGUUCAUUAUAGAUUUUCCUUGGCUCUUGGUGUGCCGGCCCUCCAGUGCGAUAAAACCUCUUUCACCUUUGCCCUUGAUAAAAUGGGUAACGUCAC